AUGCGGGCGAGAUGGGCUCAAAUCGCGGGAAUUGCUUCAAUUCUCUUCUCCGCUCUCACCGUUUCUAUCCUCGUUUUUACAAUUCCACAUCUGAUUUUGAGAGUGUCCUUAAUUCAAGCGAAUGUCGACUUCGAAAUCAACCAUUUCAAGCAAGCUGAAUAUGAUUUUGAUAUCGAGUACAAGCGGAAGUUCCCAACCCCGUUCGCUCUCCAAAAACGCAUCAAAAAAGAUGAACCCGGUGUGUGCAAUUGUAAUCCGAAUGCGCCUUGUCCUGCCGGUCCACAAGGUCCACCAGGAAUUGCCGGAAAAGAUGGAUACAAUGGAGAAGAUGGUUUGCCUGGAAUGGCUGGCCUACCUGGUCAAUAUCACUCUGAGAUCUCCAUCGACUUCGCUAACAAUUGUCGAUUGUGUCCACAUGGUCCGCCUGGAGAAAGAGGUCAUUCUGGAAAUCCUGGACCACAAGGACCACCUGGAACAAAUGGAGAGCCUGGAGCUGACGGAGAAAUUGGACCAGUUGGCCAGCCUGGAGCUCCUGGAGCUCCUGGAUUAAAGGGAGACGGUGGAAAGCCGGGAGCAGCUGGUGAGGCUGGGAAGAAUGGUAGUGAUGGUGGAAAAGGAAAGCCUGGACCAAAGGGACCACCUGGAGAAGCUGGGCCAAGAGGACUGUCUGGAGUUGAUGGAUAUGAUGCAUUCCCGGGAGUUGAUGGGAAAACAGGAGAACCGGGAAAAGAUGGAGAAGCAGGGGAGAAAGGACCUCCUGGACCUGAUGGAGUGGAAGGACCGAUUGGGGAACCUGGAAAAGAUUCUGAGUAUUGCCCAUGUCCGAUGAAUUCGUGUCGAGGAAGGGGAUUCGAGGAGAACACAAAAUUGGUGAAAUUGCCCAAUGGACAGUGGACAUUUGAGGAA